UUCUAGUCAACUCUAAUCAGUUGCAAAAAUGGCGUUUGCUAGGGUGGCAAGACGACCCAUUGGAGUCUUCUUUUAUAAUGCUAGUGGUAGAUUUAGUUCGGGGAAUGAGUACUCUACAGUGGCAACCAAGUUAGAAACUCUAUCACAUUACAAGACCUCUGUAUUAUUGUCUAGAUACGCAAGCCCAUCUCGUGGUUUUGGGAAUUUCUUGCGGAGAUUCAGCUCGGAGUCUCCUGCUGUAGUUGACCAGAUGAGCCUCAUCAAGCAACUGAGGCAAAGAACCAGUGCUCCCAUUAAGGAUGUUAAAGCUUCUCUAGUUGAAUGCAACUGGGACAUUGAGGCUGCUCAGAAGGAUUUGAGGAAGAGAGGAAAAGUAUUGGCUUCCAAAAAGUCGUCAAGGACAGCUGCUGAGGGUAUGCUUGCUGUUGCUCAAGAUGAGGGGAAAGUUGCUGUGAUUGAACUAAACUGCGAGACAGACUUUGUUGCUAGAAACGACAUUUUCCAGUACUUGGCUUUAGCUAUGGCGAAACGCGCUUUGCUGGUUGAAAAUAGUUCUCAGGAAAUUUCUGGUGUCUUCCCCUUUGGGCCUGAGGUUUUUGAGGCAGAAAGUACAGGCAAGUCUCAGAUGGCUGUUGAGAAGAUGGUGGAAGGCCGUCUCCGUAAAUAUUAUGAAGAAGUUGCUCUAUUGGAGCAAAAGUUCAUUGUGAACGAUUCUAUAAACAUAAAGACAUUGGUGGAUAAUUUGUCAAAGGAAGUGGGUUCUCCGGUGAAGGUUGCCAAUUUUCUGAGAGUUGAGGUUGGGGAAGGAAUCGAAAGGCUUGAAGCAUCUGAUGAACCGGUUGCUCAAACUGCUUGA